GAGCCGCCUAACUAGCCAGCAUUUCGGCCAGCGAUGUCGCGUUCCUCGUCCGAGUUCCGGGCGCGUUUGCCGUGUACAAUUACGAACAGCAAUUCUGGAAAUCAAUCGUUCGUUCUAGAUCACCCCAGCUGACAACAGCUGCUCAAAAAUGCCAUCUAGGUAGACAGCUGACAGCGGUUUGAGUCACAGCCAUAGAAAGCGGAUGGUGGCGUUACAUAAACUCCAAGGCAAAAGUGUUUGUCAGUUUGUAUGUGUGUGCUGUAUUCCAGGUGUGCUCCUCAGGAUGACAGUAGACGGCGGACGGGACCAAAACAGUGUGUAACGAAGAAGUCUGUGUUUUAAACCCACGGCACGCAUAAUAAGGUUUUGCAUGGCACAGUGUGUUGACCCAUGCGCGACAGAGGAACUGUGGAUAUAAGAGUGAAUCUGUGGACCAGGUGAGCUGUCAGACACAUGCUGAAACUAUGGACACAACUUGGCCAGAGCGCCCAAUGCAAAAGAAGGCCAAAACAUGCCCUUCCAAAAGAGGAAAAGGUAAGGAGAUAAAAGGGAAGAACACAGAGAGAGACCGUAAGCUGUACCCCCUCAGAGGAAGACAUGGAUUGGGUGAAGUAAGCACGCUUAACUGUUGUGUCGUACUAAGACGUUUGGACGAAAGUGACACUUGUAAGAACAGCAUGAAGGCUCUGCGUAAGACUGAAGGAAAGCAGGCGAAGGAAAUGCAAGGAAAGGCAAAAAUCUGCAAGUGUCGCAAAAAAGCCUGUAAAUCUUGCCGGUCAGCACCUGAACCAAAAAGCAAAGUGAAACCAGAUAAAUUUGCCUUAUACACAGAAUUUAUCCCAGAACCUCGCCAGAGGCGACUUGCCUCUCUGAAUGCAGAAGCUGUUAACAGUCUGCUGUUGGACAGAGAAGACCCCAAACAGACAUCAAAACCUUCAAAGAAGAAACAACAGACAAAAGGUGACGGCUCUCACACUAAAUAUAAACUGAAAGUUAAUGAUUCUACUAGAAAACGGCAAGGCAACCUAAAGCGCUCGAACGCUGGAGAAUCAGUCCCGUGUAGAAACCCAAAGAAAAAAGCGAAGACUGAGGGUAUGGAUUUGCAAACUCUCAAUGCUCCCACUCCAAAACGGCUUGCGGGUUUAAACGCGGCAGCCUUGCUAAAGCUGACCAGCUUGUCAGCGGGAGUAAAACGCAGAGGUAAAACAGACAACAAACCGAGCAGCGGAGGAGUCAGAGGAAAACAACUUCAGGCUAAGUCACGUAAACAGCAGCACAAUUUGCCCUGUCAGUCCAAGCUGAAAGUAUCGCACCAGUGCUGCAGCCUUUGUGAGAAGCAAGCCCUCCACUGGGAGGGGAAAACAGGAAGCCAUGGAUUCAUUAGCCCCGGAUAUCAGUGCAGAUCCAUGCUCGGAUACCCCCUGAAGCCUGUGAAGGAAGAAAAAACAGAGACUGAAGUAAAACCAUAUUACUGCUGUACCCAGGAGAGAUCAGUCGAGUACUGCCACAGACUAGCCCUGUUCCUUGGUCAGAAAACCUACCCAGAAACAGACGAACAUUCUCUAAAGGGAUUUCUUCCUGCUCCUCAUACCCUCACACAUCCAGGAAUGCCCAUUGGUGCCCAUCCUUAUCCCUGUUACCCUGGCUACUAUGUCCACAUCGCUCAUCACGGGACUCCGACGCUUCCUGUUAGUUCCAAUCCGGGAACCCACGCACCCUCUUCUGUGACCGCACUGACAAUGUGCCCUAGUGGGGUCCAGAGACCCAAACUGAUUCCCUCUUCAGUGUCCCAUCCUACAGGGAUCCCUCAUCCGGCAUAUUGUAAUUCUGUGGGGACCUGCUAUGGAGAACGCUGCCGGCUCAGCGGCUACGCUUACAGACCCACACAACCCAUCGCUAACAGAGCCUGCUCGUACAAUGCAGGAUGCUCGGGCUGCAUGCACAAAAUGGAAACAGAAGACUACUCUUACCCACUCGAUGACCACAGCUCAUCUAUCAGCAUCCCUCCCACCCUGCCUCUUUCCAUCUGCCCCAUCUCUAAUGUGCCUCCUCCCACCCCGCCAGUACCCCACCUGCAGACACCUCUUCCUGAUCCCGGUCGGCCACAGGUGCAGAUUAGAGUUGGUCGCGAGUGCCCUCAGAGGGCCAAACCACCCAGCGGCUCACGGUCUGGGGUGCGGGAGUCUGCUGUUUGCCCCCACAUUAAGGACGGCCAGCUGGGAACAGUCCAUGGCAGCACAGCUGCCAAGCAGUCUAAGAUCAACCGUCGCCGGGCAACAAACGGCUGGCUGCCAGUUGGUGUGGCAACAGAGAAGGAUGUAUUCAUCGUGGGUGAAGAAUCAACAUCCUUGCGUAGGUGCUACGAAGGAGUUCAGAGAGAUGGGGAGGUGAUCAGGGUCAGAGAUACAGUGAUGCUGCGCUCAGGUCCCAGGAAGAAGUCGUUACCUUAUGUGGCUAAAGUCUCUGCCUUCUGGGAUGACCCUGAGUCAGGGGAGCUGAUGAUGAGCUUGUUUUGGUACUACCGUCCAGAACACACUCAGGGGGGUCGCAAUCCCAGCAUGCACUGUGAGAAUGAGAUUUUCGCCUCUCGGCAUCAGGACGAAAACAGCGUGGCGUGUAUCGAGGAUAAGUGCUAUGUAUUAACAUUAGCACAGUACUGUAGAUUUUGUGCCUUGGUGAAGUGUCGUGAGGAGGGAUAUCCUAGACGUAGCCCUUUGGUCCCUCCCUCUAACUACAAAAUUCCAGCUCAUCGUUGCGUGCCCAGCGAUGUAGACCCCGAACUUGUGUUUGUCUGCCGCCAUGUUUACGACUUUCGCUAUGGCCGCCUACUGAAAAACCUGCAGUAGGUGUGACGGGCGGGGGGCCAGAGCGUCUAAUCGACGGAGCCAUACACUGAAAAACAGAACCCAAAACGUCAUGACACAAUCAAAGCCCUAUCAACUGGAUGCCGCAGGGAACCGGGUUGUAGUUUUACAUUUUCCCUUUAGGAUAAAUGCUUUCUGUGUAGAACUCUUGUAAAAGCUGCGAGUUUAUAUGCGUUUUCCCUUGUGACUUCAUAAAAUGGCAUUCUGAGCACAACGACCUUGAGUUCAAAGGUACGCCAAAAUGUGAUUUUUCACUCCAUGAGUUUGAGUAUUUAUUUUUCCAGUUAUCUUUUAUAUUUGCUGUAUACGUGUAAAAAAACAACAAAAAAAUAGUGCAGGUACAUUAACAAUUACCUUAAAUAAUGGAAUAGAGCUUAAAUGUUCUCUCUUUGGUAGUAAAUGCACCCUUACUUAACAUAAUUUGUACAAUUAAAGUUGAAAAUAUUUAUUUUUAGAUAAAUUGAACACAAGUUCCUACUUUUAGGAGGCGUCACAAGUUUUUCUUCCUUCAAUAUAUAGGCCAAUCAUUCAUGAAACUGCCAUAAAAGGGUGUGGAGGAUUUAUUGUGGUGGACCAAGUAUCCCACAAUGCAUUUGGCUACCAAAUGUAUGUGGUUAGCUUAUCGCUCUGUUAAUUGACAAAUGAAUAGGUUUGUGUAACAGGCCGUCCUCUUGUUUCCCUCAUGACUUGCCUUAGAGUUUCCCCUCGCCCGAUCCCCUUCUGCCUUCCCAGCAAACCAAAGGUUAUCACGCCGCUCCUUAACAUCCUGGGCCUCCACCUUAGCUUCUCCAUUAAUUUGCACUAACUAUCAUUUACAAAGUCAGCAGUUUGACUGUGUUUCAAAUGUCACCUGCUACUGAUCUCCAAUGCAGGAAAAUACUGUGUAUUUGUUGUAUGUGUACAAAGAGAAAGGAGAGAACUCUAAUCUUGGCGCAGGAGGUGUUCGGUAGAUGUCGGUUACGAAUGUGAACGGACAAAUUUUAUCUCAUGCGCACAGGCCUGCUUUCAACGUGAGCCCUUUUCUUCUCGCCCUACAUGAUGGUUUUGUUACAAGAUCGCUAAUUGAUAAACGAAAAGCUGUUUUGUAUGGUCUGUUCGUGCCUUUAAUAGUUAACAGUCUGCUAUGUGAAGACAUCCUGGUGUCAGAAGUUUUUUUAAAUCAAGCUUCUUUACAUUUUAGGCCUCCUUGUUUUGCACCACAUUGUUAUCUGUGCUAAGAAGCAUCGAUAAGAUUGUCUGAUCACACUAUGCUGACCUUCAUGCCUCUUUGGGCUGUUACAGUUUGUUUCAAACAUUAUAAACAUCUUCGCAAAAGACAGAAAGAUUCAUUAGGUUUGAGGUGAUUAUGAUUAUGUAUUUACAGGGUCUCCAAUAAGGAUAACCUUUUAUGGAUGGGGAGACCUGUUCUUUUAUUUUAUAUAUAUAUAUAUAUAUAUAUAUAGUAUAAAGAACGAUUGUUGUAGGUUAACAAACUUUUUAUGUUAAAAUGUGUCUUGUCGAUGUAACCUAGAAUCCAUUCCUUUUAAAAUAAUAGAUGUUAAUCAAAACAGAUGUUAUCAUUGUACUGAAGCUAAGAUAUGUUUUCAAUAGUUAAAUUCCCCGUGCUUUAUCAUGCCCAACAACAUACAGAAACAGAAAUUGAAAGAAUCUUGUCACAGUAUCUUCCUGAUAUUUCUUCUGUUUUCUCAGUAACCACUGUAAAAAUGUUGUCUGCUAAUGUCAGAUAUGCCAGUUUAGACGCGGUAAUGCCAUAACGGUUUCGCGGAUCAUUUAAAGCAGAGCUCUUUUUCUUUCGCUUUGGUUAACAGUGCGGUCGAGUAGAUUCUGGUUGCUGUUUGUGUGAAAUUAAGUAUUUUGGAAAUGUAUGCUUCUCUAGCAGAACGUUCUGGAAAUGAAAUUUGUCAACAUGCACCAAAAGGGGGAGAGGAUUAAGUUCAUUCCUCUGUAUACAAAACUGACCAUGAAGUUCUUUGCUCCUUUGAUGUGCGGCUGUUUGUGUGUAUGUGGGCGAGCGUGUCUAUACGAAUAUAUAUAUAUAUAUAUUUCAGUGCAGCAUGGAAGUACUGGGCAUUCUUUGAAAUGAUAGAUCUAGCACAGCGCAUUUGUAUUAUUUAAGAUAGAAAUGUAUAUUAUAUGAGGAAAAUAUUUAAAAGGAAUAAAUAAUAUAUGAGCAUCA